UGCAGCCACUUCGGGAACCCUCUUUGGCCUCUCUGUUUUCUCCUCCUCUUGUGCGUUUUUGUUAAGCAAGUUCUUCAGAGGGAGAAACAGAGAAAAAUUCUCUACGAUAAUGUUGGUUUAUCAGGAUCUUCUCUCCGGUGAUGAGCUCCUUUCGGAUUCAUUUCCCUACACUGAACUUGAGAAUGGAGUGCUUUGGGAAGUACAAGGGAAGUGGGUUGUUCAGGGAGCUGUUGAUGUGAACAUCGGGGCGAAUCCAUCGGCUGAAGGUGCAGAUGAAGACGAAGGUGUUGACGAUCAAGCCAUCAAGGUUGUUGAUAUUGUUGACACUUUCAGGCUUCAGGAGCAACCUUCUUUUGACAAGAAGCAGUUUGUUGCCUACAUGAAGAAAUAUAUCAAGAACCUAACUCCCAAGUUAGCCGCAGAGCAGGAAGAAGUUUUUAAGAACAACAUUCAAGGAGCAACCAAGUACCUUUUGUCAAAGCUCAGUGACCUUCAAUUCUUUGUUGGUGAGAGCAUGGCUGAUGAUACUGGAAUGGUGUUUGCAUACUACAAGGAUGGCGCCACUGAUCCUACCUUUUUGUACCUCGCACAUGGACUCAAGGAGGUCAAGUGUUAAAAAGAGUAGGAGCUUGACCGGUUAUGUGUUCCUAGUUUUGAUGCAUUUUUUACCAUUAAAUCAGUUGUCUGAAGUUAAAAAUUGUACUGCAAACUUAUAUAGCAGCUUCGAUAUUUGUGUGCUUUAUAUGGAUUGAUUGAAGAAUCAACACAUAUACCUAAGAUGGUAGCAAAUUUCUUUUUGAUUUGUUGCUUUAGUGACUGUUGGAUGUUCUUGUUGUUAUGUACUAGCAAUUUUGCAUUA